GAGCCUCUCAGUUGUUGUCCAACUGCCGUCAGGUUAAACUAAAAUUGUCCACUUUCAGUGCCCGCAUAAACUAAAACUACAAGAUGUCGCUUCUAACGGGCAGCGCCAAUGCCGUGAAGUACACGCUUUUCGGAUUUAACUUGAUCUUUUUGAUCACGGGCAUUAUCCUGAUUGCCGUUGGAGCCGGAGUGGGCGCCGUCUACACGGGCUACAAGCUCUUUCUGGCCGGAAAGUUCUUCUCGAUACCCACGUUCCUGAUCGUGAUCGGCUCGUUCAUCAUCGUGAUCUCCUUCUUCGGCUGCUGGGGUGCCCUCAAGGAGAACUACUGCCUGGUGCUCAGCUUCUCGGUGAUGCUGGCCAUUAUCUUCAUCCUGGAGCUGGCCGCUGGCAUCAGUGGCUAUGUGCUGCGCAACGACGCCAGCGAUUUGAUCAAAAACUCGCUGACCUACUCGCUGCACGAGUAUAACAGUGACAACCAGAAUGCGACCACCAAACUCUGGGACGACAUCCAGGAUGAGUUCGAGUGCUGCGGCGUAACCAACUACAAGGACUGGAGCGUGGCCUUCCCCACUGGCGAACUGCCCCUCUCCUGCUGCGACAUUCCGGUUGGCACAGUGGGCACAUUCAACUGCACUGCGUCCAUGGACAGCGUUGACACCCGACACAAGGUCGGCUGCCUCGACGGAUUCUCCGCCUACAUUUCCGCCCAUGCGGUCAGCUUGGGGGCGGCGGGCGUGGUCAUUGCCAUCCUCCAGUUCUUUGGAGUAAUCUUCGCCUGCUACAUUGCACGCGAGAUCAAAAUCCGUAAUGGCAUCACUGGCUUCAUGUAGGUCCGGAAGCACUCGACUCUGGAGGAUCACGAGCUAGAUGAGGAUAGUGCCGAUAUUUACUUUAAGACACUGCUGAUAUCGAUGUUGUUCCUAGACAUAUACUGACUUUUACCCUUGCUUGUAUAAAUAAAUAAAUACAUAUAUUUCUAAACAAAAACGGUAACAAAUGUA